AUGCGUUUCUCCGUCGCCACCGUUUUCUCUGCCCUCGUGGCUCUGGCUGCUGCCCACACUGCUCCUGACUACACCAAGAACCCCAGUGGCAAUGCCAUCGUUUCCCCUGGCCUGAACGAGGUCGUUCCCGAGGGCAAGACCUACACCAUCAAGUGGACUCCCACCACUGUUGGCCCCAUCUCCCUGGUCCUCCUGCGCGGUCCCUCCAACAACGUCCAGCCCCUCAAGACUCUCGCCGAGUCCAUCCCCAACAGCGGCGAGUUCAAGUGGACUCCUGGCUCUGACCUUGAGGCCGACGUUACCCACUACGGUCUGCUCCUCGUUGUCGAGGGUACCGGCCAGUACCAGUACUCCACCCAGUUCGGUAUCUCCGCCGCUGCUGGCUCCAGUUCCAGCUCUUCUGCCACCACCGUCGAGAAGACCGAGACCACCACCAUCUGCCCCGAGACCGAGACCACCGCUGCUGCCACCACCACCCCGGCUGCCUCGUCCACCGUCUACGAGAGCACCGAGAUCACCACCACCAUCUGCCCCGAGACUGAGACCACCGCUGCUGCCACCACCGUCGGCCCCAAGGUCACCCCCACCGGUGUCUCCCCCGUCGGACCCCCCUCCAGCACCCCCUUGACCUCCGUCCGUCUCACCACCAGCGCCAUCCCCACCGGCACCGCCUCUGCUUCUCCUUCGGCUUCGUCCCCUGUUUUCAACAGCGCUGGCCGCAACGCCAUCAGCUUCGGUGCCGUCAUGGCCGGUGUCCUCGCCGCUUUCGCCCUCUAA